CUUCUUAUCAACUCUUAUCCGUAUCUGCGCUGCCGAUGUUACAUCCGUCGCCGCUUCCGACGGGGAUAUCUUGCAAGAUGGCAAGGUUUGCUCCAUAUUGCUCAGGAACAGUCCCCAGAACUAUGCAAGGUUUGUUCUCAACGACGAGAGGGGUAGCGAUAUGAUGAGUACGGUCAAAACGGCCCGAUAGUUGUAUAUAUACCCAGCCUUUUGGUCGAGGCUGGAAGAUGAUACACUUCCGGCCUUUAGGUCAGCUAUAUUGGCAAAAUGGGUAUCCUAAGUUCUUUCCAGUACUGCCUGACCGCAUUUGCGGUCCUGACAAACGCCUCAACGGCCAAAGCUACCACAAGUGUAACACUGCCAGGUUAUGGUAGUUUCUUUGGCACGACCAUAAAUCAGACACUGACGAAAAGGGCGUUGCCGGCUUCUGUCAACGCAUGGCUAGGUAUUGAUUACGCAUCUCAGCCGGUUGGAGAAAGCCGUUUUGCUCCCGUCGGACCACCAGCAGCAUUUUCAGGAACAAAGAACGCCUCUGCAUAUGGCUUCUCCUGUAUCCAGGACCCUGCGACGCUCUCCUAUCCCCAGGACGAAGCGUGUCUGAGCAUGAAUGUGUACAGUCCUCAGAAUGCUUCUUUGCACGUGAAGCUUCCGGUUCUCAUCUGGAUACACGGAGGUGCAUUUGUGUCAGGUUCCGCCAGAAGCUUCGAUGGCGCUGCCUUUGCAGCAAAUUCCAGAGAACCCUUAAUUGUUGUGACGUUCAACUACCGGGUCAACUCCCUCGGCUUUCUCCCAGCACCAGCCAUGGAACGUCUUGGGUUGCUCAACCUUGGCCUUCUCGAUCAGGAGCUGCUGUUAAAUUUUGUCCAACAGUACAUUUCUGUGUUUGGAGGCGAUCCAGAUCGUGUCACGCUUGGUGGCCGCGCAGCUGGCGCUCACUCUGUUGGUAUCCAUCUUUUUCACAACUACAACAAGACUGCUGGUUCAUCCCCGCUGUUCUCUCAAGCAAUUUUGCAAUCCGGCAGUGUCACUGCCCGUGGGUUCCCCAACGCAUCCUAUCCUCUGUAUCAGGACCAGUUCUCCCAAUAUCUUGGUCUUAUUGGAUGCGCGAAUGUGAUGAAUAGUACCGAUGAUGAAGUCAUCGAUUGCCUGCGCGCUGCUCCAAUCUCCCUGAUUCAGGAAGCCAGUACUCAGCUUUACGACGAGUCCACUUUGACCAUCACUUGGCCUUUCCAGCCCACUCGAGGUGGUCCGCUUCUUGAGCAAGCUGGCUCUAUCUCUGGUAUCAAUGGGCAAUUCUACCGUGUUCCCAUCAUCACUUCCAACGUAAGAGAUGAGGCGAAGUUGUACACGCACGGUGAUCUAGAGACAAACCAAGAUUUUCUUGACUACAUCCACAAUAUCAUACCUGCUCUUACCACAGAGGAUGUCUCUGAUCUCGAAAGUUUGUACCCAGAUCCUACCGGCGACGUCAACGGCAGCUUCUCGCCCUACUCUCAUAGCCCAAAUUCAACCCAAUAUGACAGGCUCAGCGCCGCCCUCACUGACUACAUGUAUGCCGCUGCAGGUCAGGAGACGGCUAUCCGUAUGUCCUCUGCAGGAAUUCCUGUAUACAAGCUCAAUUAUGUUGUCAACAACUCCUUCCCUGCCUGGCAAGGCAUCCCACAUACCUCAGAUACGAAAUCGACAUGGGCUGAGGGGAAUGGCACUGGUGGUAUACAGUAUCCCGAUGUGGGUAAGCUACAUCACGGGUACUUCUCGGACUUUGUCGCUCUUGGAGAUCCCAAUGCGGGAAACCGGACGGGAAUCCCAAAAUGGCCGAUGUAUGUAGAUGACAAUGCGAAUGGGCGUCCAGGUCUCCAGCUGAGAAUAGAGCCUUUCGGAAACAGCAGGGUCGAGGGUGACUCGAUCAGAAGGAAGCAGAGUGAAUGGUGGAGGGAUGAAAGUAGGGCUACGAGACUGGAAAAGUAGACCGCAGGAUACCAUGUACUAUGUUGCGUG